UUCCAACAUUCAAACUACCAAUAGAGAAAAAAAACAAAGAGAGAGAGAGAGAAAAACAAAUUAAAGGUUUUUUUUUUCAAGUCCUCUAGGCAUUUUUCGCCCAUCAUAAUCUCAUAUCAUAUAUAUUUUUUUCCCUUGAUUUCUUCUUUUAUUUGUUCUUCAUAUAUGCAUGCUUUUUUUGCAUGCAUAUAUAUAAGAAAAGAUAAAUAAAAGUUGAAGAUAUUAAUGGAGAAUCCAAUUAAAAUGAGAUAGAAAAAGCUUAUAUCCUUUAUCAUCACCUUUGUUUAUGCAUGGCUUAAGCAUUUAUCUUAAAAGGCAAAGGAAUCAGUUCUUGUCAUUGGAGUGGUCCUUCUAUCCUUGUUCUAUUUCAUAUCUAUUAUUAGCCUUUUGGGCCUUUACAAUCUAUACAAUGGCAACCAAAGUGAAGGGGAUUUACAAAUAUAUCACAAAUAUUUUUGUUGUUAAUAAGGAGAGGGAGUUGGAAAUUGGAUGUCCAACUGAUGUUAAACAUGUGGCACAUAUUGGUUGGGAAGGUCCCUCUGGAGGUGCACCUACUUGGAUGAAAACAUUCAAGGCUGGGCCUGAAUUUGCAGCAACUUCUUUUGGUAACUCUGGGUCUGCUAUUUCUUCAUGGUCAUCUCAAGGUUGCGGAGAAUCAACAAGGCAACUAACAACAGCUAACAUUUACAAAGGCAUUUCAACUUCAGACGUUGCUAGUCCUCCGAAGAAACACAGACGUAGGAAGCCUAAGUCGACUACUUCCUCACCAAAAUCAAGUUCACCAUCCGCGCUAAGAUCAUCGCGAGCUACUAAACACAAGGCCAAAGUUGUUGAAGGCAAUAAUUCACCAACAGCCAUAGAAGUGUCUUAACUAUGUGUUACAAGUUAAAAGAAUGCAGUUCAAAAGCACAAUGUCAUUGCAUAGUAUAUAUAUAUAUAUAUAUCAUAGUUGUUUGAAAGUCCUCAGAAUGUUAAAAUCAGACUAAGAUAUACUUGGAAGUGCGAGGGUAGAAAGUUAUGUAAAUGUAGAGGGGCUAGAUAUGGCAAAAACAAAGGAAAAAAAAAUUCUAUCAAAAUUCAGAA